AUGAAUAACUUUGAAUGUCCUCAUGGUUGCGGUAGAAAAUUCGAAGAUAACUAAAAAUUGGAUGAUCACAUUAAACGAAGACAUUUUCUUUAAUAAAAAGGUUAUCCAAGUUUAUAUGAAAAUACAAAUGGAAAUAUGAUGCAAAAGAGAGUAAAUGUUUUAAGACCAAAAUUACCAUAAUUACAUGAUAAUCAUUCAUAAAUUCAAUAAUAAUCAUCUACAACAUCAUAAUUAUUAUCUGAAUCAUCUAAUACAUAACAAUUACCUCCAAAACCAAUUUCUAAAUUAUAAUUACAAUUCAAAAAAGGUUCAAUCCUUCGUCCUAAUUCAAGUAAUAAAAAAUUAGAUGAUGUAUAAAAAAUUGCUGAUUAAAAAGAUAAACAAUCUAAUGAUAAUAAAGACAUUCAAAAAACUGUUAAAAUAAUCGAACCUUCUCCAGUUAUAUCAGCAUAUGAUUUAGUAGAAGCAAGAAAAUUGAUCACCAAACAAUUUAUUUGCACAAAUAGUGAUGGUUCUGAUUUAUAAUCAGUAACACACUUGACUUUGAAUGAUAAAAAUCUCUUGGUUUUUGAAAGCACAACAGAAGUUCCAUUUUAAGAACUAAUGUAAUUUUAUAUUAAUUAAUUAGUUCCUUAAAGAGUCUAUCCUUAUCAUAAAAUAAAUUGAUAAAUGUUAUUGGAAUUAGUAUAUUGAAUAAUAUUGUAGAUUUGAAUCUAAAUAACAAUAAAAUAUCUACCUUAUAACCAUUAGGAGAAUGUAAAAGACUCUAGAAAUUAUAUGCUAAUAAUAAUCUAAUAAAUUCCAUAGAUAUGGGAUUAAUGAUUCAUUUGAAGAUAUUUUAAGUUGGUUAUAACUAAAUUACUGAAUUUGAACAUUUAGUCAAUAGUAUUAAAUUAAUGCCUAGUCUUAAGGAUCUAGUUAUUGAAAAUAAUCCUUGUACUCAUAAAUAUGCUUAUAAAUAUGAUAUUCUAUGGACUGUAUUCUUAGACAAGUUGGAUAAUCAGAUUAUAACUCAAUAAGAUUACAAUUUGGCUUAAGCUUUCAAGGACAGCAAAUAGGAAUCUAAAUUAUCAUAGAGUAUCAAUUUUUCAAAGAGUUUGAGACCAUAGACUGCUUCUACAAUGAAUAACAAUAUUUUCUUAUCAGAUUCAUAAAAUGAUAAUUCUUAAACAAAUAUAGUUUUAGAAUAGAUCAAUUAAGAAUUAGAAGAAGAGAUAGAAGAAUUAUAUGAAAUCAAUUCUAAUAUGAGAGAUAAGAUUGAUAAGUUGGAAAAGUAGAAUGUUGAAUAUAGACUUAUUGCUGAGAGAGUGCCAUUUUUAGAAGAAUAAUUACAAGAUAUGAGAUAAAAGAUUAGUGCUUAUGAGAGUUUAAUUAUAUUUAAAGAAUCUCCAGAUAAUGAAUUAAGAAAACAUAUCUUUGCUUUAACAUUAGAAUUAGAGAAAUUGAAGUCUAGUAAUAAUAAUCAUCUUGAAAACUAUGAAGAAGAAAAUUAAACUAAAUUUAAUAUUAAUUAAUCUAAAUUUUAAAAUACAGAAACUACCUUUAUCUAGUAAUUAUCAUAAGUAGAAAGUGAUAAUGAGAAUAAAUAAGAUAAUGAUAAUGAUGAUGAUGAUGAUAAAUAUUUGUAAAUUAUUUAAUUUAUUAAUUUUAGUCGAGAUGAUGAAAAUAUUUCUUAGAUUCCAGGAUAAGAAAUAAUGGAGUUGAUUAUGAGGAAUUCAAUGACUUUAAGCAAACUCAAAAGUGAAUUCAAAGAUAUCAAUUGA